UUUUACUCUCUUUUCCCCACACUACCACGUCUAUUUCUCCAAUUCUUCCAAUGGUUAAAAGGAAGACCGACACCAGAAAAUUUAUUCGCGUAACAAGCGGAAGCCAUGUGUUUGGAAAAAUGCCAAGCUAGAGAAGGGCCCUGCCCAGGUCAACUUUGAAGGUCAUGAUUGAAGUGGCUGUCCAGCCUGGACCGGCCUCCGGCGACUCCAGCGCAAAUUCAGGCGUCAAACUUAUAGAUUUGGAAACCCUCAAAUGCCGUCUCGCAAACAUGUUCCGACCAAACAUACUUUCCUUCCUUAACCUUCCUCCUUCACAUCAUAAUGUUGUCCGUGAGUCUCUUGGCUCUUGGAUUAUCCUUUGCAGCUUCAGCAUCUUGCCAUUUGCAUGCUCCUCUACGCACUCGUGCAAUAAUUGACGCAAGUAGUCUCGCCGACAGCUAUGACUAUAUUGUCGUAGGCGGUGGCUCUGCGGGUCUCGUCGUUGCUUCCAUUCUUUCAGACAAUUCUAGUGUUUCUGUUCUUGUUCUUGAGGCCGGCCAGUCAGGAGAUGAUGUUGCCGUUCGGCGAGAUACUCCUGGAAUGACUUAUUAUAAUGGCCUUGGCGGUACUUCCUACGACUGGUCGUUCUCAACUGCCACACAAACCAACCUCAAUGACCGGAUUCUAACGUGGUCCCGAGGCAAGAUCCUUGGUGGUUCUGGUGCGACGAACGGCAUGUACUACACCCGUCCCAACACCAUCGAGAUGAAUGCAUGGGCCGGCUAUCUGGAGUCACAAGACUCAGCUGGCUCCGCCAAGUGGGGCUGGGACAAUUUCUACUCGGUCAUGAAGAGUAUGGAAACCUGGACGAAGCCCACUGAUGCGGCAGAAUCCGUUGGUAAUAUUCAGUACGACUCUUCUGUUCACGGCACCAGCGGUCCCCUCCAUUCAUCUUAUCCCGCUGUCGAGCUGGGUUUGGUCGGUAACUGGACCGAAACUUGUCUCGCAGCUGGUAUUCAGACGCGUACCGAUCCUCAUGGCGGAGAGAACUGGGGUGCCUUUGUUUCUACCUCCUCUAUAAAUCCCACCAACUGGACUCGGUCGUACUCGCGUUCGGCCUACAUUGACCCCCUCCCGCCACGGUCCAAUUUGGCUAUCUUACCAAGUGCCACUGUCACCAAGAUCGUAUGGGGCAGCUCCGACAGUAAUGGUCUCAAGGCUACGGGCGUUUCCUGGGCCGCAUCUUCAAGCUCAACGGAGCAGACCGUCAAUGCCAAUAAAGAAGUUAUUCUGGCCGCCGGAGUCGUUGGCUCGCCCCACAUCAUGCUCCUUUCUGGUGUUGGGCCUUCUAGUGUUCUUUCCAGCGUGGGUAUCGACCAGAAACUCGAUCUGCCAGGAGUGGGCCAGAACGUCCAGGAUCAUGUCGGUGCCGGUGUUUCUUUCGCUACCACGGCGGACACUUUGGGUAGUAUUUAUGCAAGCAAUUCCACUUAUUCAGAAUCGACUGAGUUCCUUUCCCUGAUCAACAAUGCCAUCGCUUACGUCAAUCUGACCGUCCUCAUGGGAUCUGGUGCCGACACUUGGAUUCAGACUGUCAAGAACGACUAUAACACCAGCACGAGUUAUCUUCCUUCUACUGAUUCCACCAUUGUUUCUGGCUAUGAGACCACUUUCAAGACCAUUACGGAGACAUAUUACGCCAGUGAAGACCCUCAAGUUGAGAUCUUGCUUUCGUUGAACUCAGCGGGUACCGUGAUCAUCCAAGCAGCACUUCAGCAUCCUUUGAGCCGAGGCGAGAUUACAAUCAACUCUACAUCGGCGUUCGAUUCUCCUGUUAUUAACCCCAAUUACUUCGCGCACUGGGCAGACCGUGACAUUCUCCGUGCGGCGUACAAGCUGUGUCGUACGAUCGGUGGAACUGCCCCUUUGUCGAACUACCUUGGCACUGAGUCUAGUCCCGGAACUAAUGUCGACACUGAUGAUGAGUGGAACACUUGGAUGAACUCGAACGUGCACACAGACUACCAUCCCAUUGGUUCGAUGAGUAUGCUUCCUAAGGACCAGGGUGGCGUGGUCGAUACCAGCCUCAAGGUCUACGGAACUUCGAACGUCCGCGUCAUUGAUGCUUCUGUGAUUCCGAUUGAAAUGUCUUCCCAUAGUGGUAGUAUCUCUUUCGCCAUUGGUGUCCAGGGAGCGGAACUCAUUCAAAAUCCCGUAACAUCAUCGACCUCCACAUCGUCGGCCUCGUCUCACAGCAGCAGCUCAACAUCAAGCUCUGGUUCCAGUCCCAGUUCCAGUGGCUCCGGGGCUGCCACAUUGAUGCUUCCUCCUCGGGAAGCCUUUGGUGUUGCGGCUAUCAUUGCUGUCACCAUGCUAUUCCUCUAGGCAGACGUAGCCCUUGAUGUUGAUAUUACGACUUUUAACGCCACAAACCCAUCCGUCGUCACUCCUUAAAAACCGCUACUUCUCUUUUCGUCAGGACUUUAUAGGCUUCGACGGACAUAACCAUACAUACCUCAAUACAACAUACCUGUCUGUUUAUUAUACCCAUGGACUCUUCGAGCGUUGCCAGCAUAAUUCCGGUACCUCGAACGUUAGUCACAGGUAACUAGGGACAUUACUACUCCUUUCUUCCUUCAUUAUUCAGGGAUAGGGACGUUAAUCUAAUGUAUCGAUACAAGUGUAAUUACGGUCGCGACUGUACCAAAAGUAUUGCAGUAACCAAGUAUUACGCUUG